AUGGCAGUUAAACCUCGUACCGACCGUCCCGUCGCCAUCAUCGGCGGUGGCGUCCUGGGCCGGCGUCUUGCCUGCGCCUUCGUCGCAGCUGGCUACAACGUGCAUGUCCAGGAUCCAUCGACAGAGGCACUGCAGGGUGUCGUGGAGUACAUUGACGCCCACAAGCAGGAGUACUCGUUGAUGCCCCGCAUCAGUAAAGACAAGGGAUCUUCCCAAGAGGCCCGCGAAGCGCGCGAUGAGGAUAACCACCAUGCCAAUGGAGGAUUGACCGAUCACGCCUUUUCGACUGUUGAUUUCGAGUCGUACACCCAGGCGUCCUUUGGCAACUACAAGACCUUUAUUGAGGUGAACCCUGCGGUGAGCAAUGCGUGGUUGGUUAUUGAGGCUAUUCCUGAGAAAGUGGAUCUCAAGAUUGAGACUUUCCGGGAGUUGGAUGAGAGAUGUCCAGCAGAUUGUAUUAUUGGCUCGAAUAGCUCGUCUUUCAAGUCGAGUCUGUUGGCUACGAAAGUUUCUACUGAGCGAAAGAGACGGUUCCUUAAUAUGCAUUUUACUAUGCCGCCGAUGAUUCGGACCGUGGAGAUGAUGACUUGUGGUGAGACGGAUCCUAAGAUUUUUGCUUAUCUGGAGGAUGUCAUGGGCGAGUGUGGACUGUUGCCAGUUACUGCACGGUGCGAGUCGACAGGAUUCAUCUUCAACCGCCUCUGGGCAGCAGUCAAACGCGAAAUCAUGAACAUCCUCUCCGACGGCGUCAGCGACCCCAGCGAAAUCGAUCUCCUCUGGGAACACAUGUUCAAAAACGGACCCCUCCCCUGCCAACUCAUGGACCAAGUCGGCCUCGACACAGUCGCCUACAUCGAAGACAACUACGUACAAGAGCGCGGUCUGGAUCCCAAAAAGACCGUCGACUGGUUACGCGAGCACUACAUCAAACACGGCCGUCUGGGCAAACAGAGCGAAAAGGGCGGCUUAUACCCACCAACCGUCAAAUCCGCCACCGCAGAAGCACAGCCCGCGAACCCACACACCGCAGCAAAGGACAUUUAUAUGUUAGACGUGGGACUGGGCGGAAACGCGCGCGACGUCUCGCAAGUCCACGCCAACGGAAAGAUCCUGCGUCUGAACCUGGCAACGCAGAAACUCACGCUUAUCGUCGUGGGCCAGAGCUUGCCAGACGGUAUUGACGUUUCGCUUGAAUGUCAGCGCAUUUUCUGGACGAACAUGGGCCGUAGCACUGCUGCCUGCGAUGGCUCGGUGUGGACGGCGAAUAUGGACGGAAGUCAAGUUCGGUGUCUAAUUCCGAAGGGAAAAGUGCACACACCCAAGCAAAUAGCUGUCAGUGACAUGCGGAAGAAAGUCUACUUCUGCGACCGCGAGGGUAUCAGUGUACACCGGGUAAGCUACGACGGGACAAACCAUGAAAUCAUCGUCCAGCGCCGCAUCACCGCAGACAUGAAACUCGGCGAGCAAAUGCGGCUGUGGUGCGUUGGUAUCGCCAUCGACGACGAACAUGGUAUGAUGUACUGGACGCAAAAGGGUCCUAGCAAGGGUGGACGGGGCCAGAUAUUCCGUGCGGGACUUGAAAUUCCACCCGGUGAGACGGCGGAGAAUCGAUCCGAUAUCGAGCGUUUGUUUGAUUGUUUGCCGGAACCGAUUGAUGUCGAGAUUGAUAGUGAUACGCAGACUUUGUAUUGGACGGAUCGGGGGGAGCAUCCGAUGGGGUGUGCUUUGUAUCGGUCUUAUGUUGGUGGGGAGCAGGUUGAUAUGCAUAAGGUUAUUUUGGCGAGACAUUUUCAUGAGCCGGUGGGGCUGAAGUUGGAUCGGAAGAAUAAUAUUGUGUAUCUGACUGAUUUGGGGGGCAGUUUGUAUUCUGUUGGGCUUGACGAUGGGAUGAAGGUGGAGUUGGUGAGGAAUGAUGGUUGUUAUACCGGAAUCACUUUGGUUUAG